UAAGGUGCAAAGAAAUGGAAGAAGAAGCGAGUGAGUUACCAAAAUCAGUUACAAACAAGGCGCUAGGAGAAGAAGAAAAUAGCAAAAAAAAAACAAAAAAGUAAAGAAAGAAAUUGACAGCUAAGUUCCCUCCUCACCCCAUCUAUAACUAUCCAUCAAAGCUUGUUGUUCUGUUCUGUUCUGUGCUGACUCACUCCAACAAACCAAAAACCAGUUCUCCUUCCCAUUUUCCUCACAUUCCAACAAAUUGCAUUCAAAUCACAAAACAAAACUCGCUCUUCCUCUUCUGAUUGAUUCAAUGGAGGUUCAGGCUCAGGCUCACCCCAACCCUUCGUUUUCCUACUCCAUCGCCGACAUUCACCCCUCCGAUUUUCGGACCUCCGAAUACCCGGACCCGAUUUCCCCAAUAUACCCUCAUGAUGCGGAUCACCACGCGCCGGGACGCGCGUGUUCUCAGGACACGGCUGCUCUUACCGUUCAGAAGGUGUACCGGAGUUACCGCACGCGCCGCAGGUUGGCUGAUUCCGCCGUCGUCGCUGAGGAACUCUGGUGGCAAGCCAUUGAUUUUGUGAGGUUGAACCACAGCACCAUUUCGUUCUUCAAUUUGCCUGAGAGUGCAGCGUCAAGGUGGACUCGGGUCAAACUCAACGCUUCCAAGGUGGGUAAGGGGUUGUCCUUAGAUGCCAAAGCACAAAAAUUGGCUUUUCAGCAUUGGAUUGAAGCUAUUGAUCCACGCCACCGCUAUGGGCAUAAUUUGCAUUAUUACUAUGAAGAAUGGUGCAAAACGGAUGCUGGUCAGCCAUUCUUUUAUUGGUUGGACUUGGGAAAUGGGAAAAAUAUUGAUCUUGAGAAAUGUCCUCGCUCAAAGCUCCGUAAACAAUGCAUAAAGUAUCUUGGACCUCAAGAGAGAGAGAACUAUGAAUAUACUGUCUGCAAGGGAAAAAUUAUCAACAACCAAUCUGGAGAUUUCCUUCAUACCAAAAGAGACUCUGAAGAUGCCAAGUGGAUAUUUGUAAUGAGCACCUCUAAGAAACUUUAUGCUGGCAAGAAAAAGAAGGGACAAUUCCAUCAUUCUUCAUUUUUGGCUGGGGGAGCUACUUUAGCUGCUGGAAGGCUCGAAGCUGAGGAUGGGAUUUUGAAGUCCAUCUCUGCAUAUAGUGGACACUACCGACCAACAGAAGAGACCCUUGACACCUUCUUAUCAUAUCUCAAGGAAAAUGGUGUGAAUCUUGAUGAAGUUGAGAUUCGCAAGGGGAAUGAUGACAUUGAUAUAUAUGAGGAUGGAAAGCUUCGGGAAAGUGUCGUGACACAUGAAGUUCCUAGUGCUGCUAAUACAUCUGAGCCUGUAAUUUCCAAGGGAGCUGAGAAUACCCCAUUAUCAGAUGAGGAAAAUCCUCCACCCUUACCUGUUGGUAGUUACAAAAGAACACUCUCAGGUGGUCUUCAGAGCCCAAGAGCAGCUGAGGUACCCAAAACUGCGAUAUUGCAACGAAUCAAUUCGAAGAAGGCCACAAAAUCCUACCAAUUGGGGCAUAAUCUUUCACGUAAAUGGUCAACCGGAGCUGGACCUAGAAUUGGGUGUGUUGCUGACUACCCUGUUGAGCUUAGAUGGCAGGCCUUGGAGAUGCUUAACCUUUCUCCAAAGUUUCCACCCUCUCCUUCAUCAUACAUGUUAAUGGGUGGUCUUGUUUCACCUGCAGCUUGUCCAACGCCUAGAGGCACUCGGAAUUACAAUGUAGCAGCUGCAUUGCAGAAUUAGAGAUGAAUGCAGGUCGAUACGGUUGCAAUUGUGGCCACAAUUCCGAUGCUGGGAGUCAAAAACCAUUUAGUUGCUGCCACAACUGUGGUAGCAGGCUGCAACUUGAAAUCCUGGAUAGGUGCUUUAGUGUAGUUUAUAUAAAAUAUCUGUUCUCUAUGUUAUCUCAAAUUUGAGUACUUGGACUUUUCUUCUAAUAAAAUUCGGUCGUUGUUAUCA